GUACGCUUAUUGAAUUUAUAUGAAGCAUAUCCAAAUUUCCGAUCGAGCCACACACGCUCGCCUUUGGUCAACCAGCGGUACUUCGUGUUACUUUCCAUACUCCUACCUUUCGUGACCUGGCCUCUCGAGAACGCUGGCUUGAUGUGUCUAUAUUCCAGAGAGGCGCCGUCCAGAUAUUUCUAACCCCUAUUGUAUAUCAACACACAUUGAUCCCACCGAAAGACAAAAGAUUUUCUCUUCUCUACCAGAAAGAUGCGGUAUCUUUACUCAGAAGAGGUUCAGCGGAAUCUAUAUGACACACAUGGACUUGGCCAUAAUAUCCCGCUUCGCAUGCACAAAGAUUUCCUCAAAGAGAUACGAGGCACAUUCCGAGCUCAAGAUGACUGGUCUAAGAGUGUCAACCCAGUCGAUGGAUAUAAAGGAGGACUGGGCCGCCCCUAUAGUUUUAUGGGGGUUACCGUUCCAGAAUGCUUGCCUGAGAGGCUCGAGAUCAUUUCAUAUGCGAAUGAAUACGCUUUUCUUUACGACGAUGAAUUGGAAACACUCGAUCUGAAGAAUUAUUCGGGCGAGUUUACUGGAAUACUUGAAACGUUUAGCGAUGAUUCCUUCGACCAGAAGGUCUCUUCUAAGUCCCGCCCAGAAAAGCGCUUGCUAGCGCAGAUCUACUCCGAGAUGGGAGAUAUAGAUCAUAUCCGUGCAGAGACAACAAUGAAGGCGUGGACCAAGUUUGUACAAUCUGCAGCACGGGCGAGAACUGUGCCCUUUAACACUCUGAGGGAAUAUAUCCCGGCGCGAGUUAUCGACGCUGGCCAAUUGAUAUGGUUCGGCACGCUGACUUUUGGUCUGGCGCUUACCAUAUCGGAAGAAGAACACGACGUGUGCCACAAACUAGCGGAGCCGGGGUACGCAGCUAUGGCCCUUGUAAACGACCUGUACUCGUGGGACAAGGAGCGUGUGAUGGCAGAGAAGGCUGGCCAAGAUUAUGUCUUUAACGCGAUCUGGGUAAUCAUGGCGGAAACUUCUGUCUCCGAAGCAGACGCGAAAGAGAUCUGCCGAGCAGAGAUCCAAAAGCUUAUCCUACAAUACUCCCAGGUUAUGGAUGACGUGCAGACGGAUACUUCCCUGUCCCGAGAUCUGCGGAGGUAUCUCGAGGCUGUGAGGCUGAGUUACAUUGGGAAUUUGGUGUGGAGCAUCUACUGCCCGAGAUAUCGUGAUUUCUAAUUAGUCCUAGAAUUGUCGGGAAAUGGCCAGAACCACGGACUUGCUCUUCGAUUAAGAAAUCGUUUCGUUCACCGAAUUGUGGUUAACUACAAGAACCAAUGGUUGUAGUUUGUCCGAACUUGUUUUCGGGAUAUUGUAUCAGCCCAGCUCGUCCGGAUAGCCAGGUAAGCUUCAUACACGUAUUUCAAAAAGCCUGACCUGACUCGCCAAGGUCAGGCUCUUACGCAUAUCUGAUCUGAUCCGGUUCGACCUGAUCUGACGAGGUCGCUGCAAUCUGCAAUAUUGGUGAACCAUAGGAUGCAUAAUGGACUCAACAGAAGCAUGUUGUUGGCGCUAAGGAAUGUUAUGCAAGGCUCGGCGUUCCUUCACGGUGUUACCAUGUGGUACCUAAAUAGCAGUAAACGCGCGUAGAUGUAUAGUACAAUAUGUUGAUCGUUGGGGAUAGGGGCGGGGCGUAGGCGGGGGGGCGGCGCAUUGGCACAAUCAAUCAAGUGCA